CAAUAUCAGUAUCCUGAUCACUCACCUAAUAUGCCAUACCAGUGUCCUGAUCAUUGCCAUACCCCAUACCAGUGUUCUGUGAUCACCCUAUAUGCCAUACCCAUCACCACCAACCCCAUACCCUUAUCACCACCAUACCCCAUACCAGUAUCCUGAUCACCACCAUACCCCAUACCAGCAUCCUGAUCACCACCAUACCCCAUACCAGCAUCCUGAUCACCACCAUACCCUAUACCAGCAUCCUGAUCACCACCAUACCCUAUACCAGCAUCCUGAUCACUCACCUAAUAUGCCAUACCAGUGUCCUGAUCACCUCCAUACCCCA